AACCAUGAAUCUCGUGGACGACGCGCACGAGCUGUUCGAGCCUACUUCGGGUUCACCGCCUGUCGAGGCCAACGGCAGCGACAACAUCACAGAACUGGAGAACGCCGUGCAUCGCGACGAGUCCCUGGCGCUCAUCGAGCUCGCCGUGCUCACCUUCAUCUUCGCGCUCACCGUGGCCGGAAACUCUUGCGUCCUUGUGGCCCUGAACGCGCGCCGUUCUAAGAUGACGCGCAUGUACUACUUCCUGGUACACCUGUGCGUCUCCGACCUGACCACCGCGUUUUUCACGGUGCUACCUCAGCUCGGCUGGGACGCCACGUACCGCUUUCAGGGCGGCAACUUCUUCUGCAAGUGCGUCAAGUAUGGUCAGAUCCUGGGCCCUUACCUCUCUUCGUACGUGCUCGUGGUGACGGCCGUGGACCGGUACCAGGCCAUCUGCUUCCCGCUCUCCAACUGCUCCUGGACGCCGACCAAGUCCAAGCUGCUGGUGUCGCUGGCAUGGGCUGUAUCGCUGCUCUGCUGCGUGCCUCAGCUGUUCGUGUUCAGCUACCAGGAGGUGGCGCCGGGCGUGUAUGACUGCUGGGGCACCUACAUCGAACCAUGGGGCCUGCGCGCCUACGUCACGUGGUACGCCGUGAGCGUCUUCUUCAUCCCGCUCCUGGUGCUCGUCUUCACGUACGUCUGCAUUUGCCGCGCCAUCUGGCAGAACCUGUACCUGAAGCGAAAGAGCUCGGACGUCGAAGGGCGCGGCAAGGCGUACCGCUUCAAGAGUCCGCAGGGUGGCGCCUCCUCCUCCGGCAACGACUCGUCUUCGUACGUGCGGGGUCCCUUGGUGCCGCGCAGUCACUCCUCAGCUCGCGGCUUGUCCAGGGCCAAGAUAAAGACGGUCAAGAUUACCGUGGUGGUGAUCAGCUUCUACAUCAUCUGCUCGUCUCCGUUCAUCUGCGUCCAGAUGUGGAUGUACUGGGGCUCGGGCCUCGACAUGAGCGACGCCUGGACGAAUGCCACGGUGACCAUCCUGAUGCUGCUCAACAGCCUCAACAGCUGCGUCAACCCGUGGAUCUACCUGUUCUUCAACCGCAACCUGGUGCAAGCACUGAGGCAACAAGUGUGCUGUUGCUGCCACCAGGACAAGACAGUCGACGGAUCGCACCCGCGAGGCGCGGGCGGCCUUCUCCCCGAGAUGACGACACAAGGCACCGACAUCAACACCAGCCGCCAGAGCUCGCCCGUCUGCUCGGUGCCGCGCAAGACCCUCGACAGCAUCGACAUGGGCGUCCGGAGACCCUCCUAGUGGCACGCCAACGGCGACACCGCCGCACGCAACAGCCGCGUUGCGCGCACGCGCUUCUCGUUGCCGGCUUGCGAAAUUCAAAUGUUGGAUCUGCAAGAGAGCGCUGAGAGCGAGCGCGAGAGUUGAGCUUACUGCGCCGAUUCUUCAGUUGCUCUGCCAGGACAAGCGACUCGGAGAGUCCGUGCUCCUCUAGGCCAGUGGAUUGUGUGCUCAGCAUGUAGAGCGAACAUUCCGGCUAUCGAGGCCAAAGUGACACCAUUUGAAGUGACGUACUUUGGUGCUGUUAGCGAGACGUCGAGAAUUUCUGGACUCUGGCACUAGCUAGCGUCCACGCUGAAACUUACAGGAGUGCUACUUAGCACUCCUUUUCUGACAACCCCUGACUCCUUUAUGAGAGACGUUUUAUUUAAUCGCUUCUGUGUAAUCAUG